AUGGCCCGGUCGUACGGCGGCCGGGUGCUGGCCGCGAUGACCCUGCUGGGCAUCCCCGCGGCUGUGCUGGCGGCGCUGGGAGCGCAGCUGCUGUUCCAGCUGCAGGCGGGCCGAGCGGAGUUGCGGGGACUGCGCGCCGACGGGCUCGGCCCCGAGCUGGGUGCCGGCCCCGGGCUGCCCGAGGACGCGGCCGGGGCGCUGCUGCCGCUGGCCGCCGCGCUCGCCGCGCUCGCCCUGGUGUUGGGCCUCACCUGCCUUCUGCUCGCCGCGCUCUGCGGCCACCUGGGCGCCGAGCUGGCGCGGGGGCCCGGCCCCGGCAGGUCUGACUGGUUUCUCUAUGACUGCCGCCUCCUCAGACACGUGGCCCUUGGCCUUUUCUGCUGUGGGGUCUCUGUCUACUUAGCAGCACUGUCCAUCUAUGCCCUGCUGCUCUUUGAGAUCGAGACAGGUGCAGCAGCCGCCUCCAUCUUUGGAGUGGGUGCUCUGGUCUUGGUGGCGGCGCUGACCCACACUCUGCUCCGAGCUGCCCGGGCCACCCACCGCGGCCUCCAUGAACUGUCCCCACCGCACUUUGAAGACGACCCUGUCCACCCUGCUAGAGUCUCCAAGGCCAGCCCCAGGGCUCCGCCCCAGCAGGGUACCCACCACCGGACCCCCUACUCAUCCUUCCCAGAACCUGGGGGCCCCCUUAGACCCACGUUCGCUGCUACGGCACCUGUAGCCAUGGGGGGAGGCCGGGGGACCAGCCUGCCUUUAUCCUACAUGCACCGGACACUGUCGGUUGGCAGGGGACACUGGGAAGGGGUCACCCACGAGAUGCACAGCAUGCUAGGCCACCGGCCAGGGGGCUCAGGGAAGGACUCCACACUGGUGUGA